CGCGCGCGCGCCAACCAACCAGUCGUUCGCUGACCGCGGCCGCGUGAAUAUAGUCCGCGCGAGCCAUGAACUGAAUCAGCCUAAAAGGAACCGCUCGUGCCUCUCGCGUCCUUUUUUUUUUAAUUUUUCUCACACUACAGCUCGCUUUUAUUUCUCCCUCUGUACCACGCCCCUGGAAGAAAGUACACGCGCGCGAUUCGCGACCGCGCGUGCCUCCAGGAAAACUCAACCCACCAAAGAAAGAACGGGGAAGAUCGUUCUCUAUUUUCGCGAAACCGGUCGCCUUGCCGAAAGCCGCGUCGCGCCCGCCCGCCCCCCCCCCUUCCCGCCCUCUCGGCUUUAGUAGUCGUUCUGGUGUACCCGUUCCGAAGGGAAACGCGCUUCACCCGCACGCGGUCGAAGUGUACACUGUCCGGGAGAUUUUAUUGUCAUCAUAGUGUUGCGAAAACACAGUGGAGACGACAAUUGAAGUGUUGAACGGUGCACGGUGAGGAGAAGGACGGUGCGAUGGCAGUGGCUGCGGGGCCACGCCGGCCACGCACGCUCCUCCUUGACGGUAAACGCGUUUCCGGGAAUACCCACGGAAUAAGAACUCUGUGCCCGGUCUUCGAAGGACUUCCGCUCCUCCUAGUCCUUCUCGGUGUCGCACAGGUGGCCGCCAUCAGGUUGGCACCCGAUAGCAGCGGAUGCGUCGGUAAUAGUUACAAAUGUCUUGAUGGCACUUGUAUACCGGCUACCUUAGUUUGCAAUUAUCAAAAAGACUGCGAAACUGCGGAAGAUGAAUUCCAGUCGUGUCCUCCACCUGAGUGCGAUGCUGGACAGAUUACCUGUGGCCAGUAUAUCUUCAAUAAGACUUAUUGUAUACCUCCUCAUCAACGAUGUGACAUGACAGUUGAUUGUGUCGACGGGACUGAUGAAGCUGGCUGUAAUUACAGGAAAUGCCAACCCGAUGACUUCCGGUGCGCCGUCGGCACAACUCCAGAGCUUUGCAUCCCGAAGGAGAAGAAGUGUGACGGAUACCUAGACUGUCGGAAUGGCCGGGACGAAGAAAAGUGUGAUAGUAUAAAGUCUGCCUGCAGGUUGGACCAGUUUCGGUGUAACACCACGCAACGUUGUAUUGAACAAUCGGCUCGGUGCAAUUACAAAGAUGACUGUGGAGACAACAGCGACGAAGAAAACUGCAGCUUCCCACCGUGCUACAUGAACCAGUUCAGAUGUGCCAAUGCUUUAUGUAUACCAAAAUCUUAUCACUGUGACGGCUUCAAGGACUGUCACGAUGGCUCCGACGAGAAGUCCUGUGCAGUGACUGUUUGUCCUGGCAAUAAGUUCAUGUGUCCGAAGGGUGCACCCGAUGAUAAACCUUUAUGUAUCGACCGGUCACAGCUCUGCGAUGGGAAAUCUGACUGCGAAGACGGUGCAGAUGAAGAUGCUGCAUGCUCGAUGGCCAGGUGUGGGAAUCUAAUGUGUCACUACCGUUGCCAGCCGUCUCCCAACGGAGGCGCCUGCUACUGCCCCGAGGGCAGAGUUCUUGCUAAUGACUCAAGAUCUUGUGUAGACCGUGACGAGUGUUCGGAAUGGGGUUUCUGCGAACAAUUGUGCAAGAAUACUGACGGGUCUUACGUCUGCAGCUGCGACCCAGGAUACGCAAUCUAUGGACGACACGCGUGUCGAGCAGAAACCACCGAAUCAGGUGUCAAUUUGGAGCUCCUGGUCGCUCAGGAUCGUGCCGUAUGGAGAAUGUCUCCAACCGGUGAAGACCGAAUUAUCGUUGCCAACACGACUGGUGCCAGCGGAGUGGAUUACCUUUACUCUCGGGACCUUCUCUUUUGGAGCGAUGUUAAAACCAGAAAAGUGCAUUGUCAGCUGUUGAAUGGCAAAGACACAGGUUCGAACGUGGACAUAUUCUUGGCAAGCUCGUGGAGUCCAGUGGCUGUCGCCGUGGACUGGAUAGGAGAGAAGUUGUACGUAGUGGAUUCAGCGGUUCAGAAGAUCGACGUGUUCGAGUUGGAUGGCAGAUACCAUGGCAUCGCUUUGGGUUCCAAUCUAACUAAUCCAGCAGACAUUGCCUUGGAUCCCACGAUAGGCUACAUGUUUGUGGCUGAUGGGAAACAAGUUUUAAGAGCCAACAUGGAUGGUACUGUAGCUUUUCCAGUGGUUUCUGAGGCAGCUUAUAAGGUAUCCGGAGUGGCGGUAGACAUAAUUGCUCAGAGAAUUUUCUGGUGUGACUCUCAGUUAGAUUAUAUCGAAACGGCUAACUACGUCGGAAAGAACAGAGUCAUGGUACUCAGAGGAUCGCAUACUCCUUCUCCAACAAGACUUACAAUGUUUGAGAACAAACUCUACUGGACAGACAAUACGAAGCAAGCCAUCUUGAGCAUGGACAAGAACCAGGGAGAUCCUUCUCUGCAGACGGUUUAUAAAAUGAGAGAUGCUAAAUCUAUUAAGACGCUGCAUCCUCUAAUCCAGAGAAAGGUUUCCAAUCCCUGUGGUAAUAAUAACGGAGGCUGUCAACACAUGUGCAUCGUGACUGCAGCUAGUGAUCAGGAAAACAGGCUAGGCUAUCGGUGCGCUUGCGACAUAGGUUGGAGGCUUUUACGCGAUCAAAGAAACUGUAACUUGGUUCGCGAAUUUCUGAUGUAUUCUCAGCAAAGGUUCAUCAAAGGCAGAGUACUAGAUCCGGUGAUGGAAGGUUUCAGCGACGCUAUUUUACCUGUAGUCUCGAGGAGAGCCAGAUUCGUUGGAUUGGACUAUGACGCUCGUGACCGGUAUAUUUAUUACAGCGAUGUGCUACAGGAUGUGAUUUACAGAAUUCAUCAAAACGGCACUGGCCGCGAAAUCGUUCUAGCUAGCCAAAACGAAGGUGUUGAAGGUUUGGCAGUCGACUGGGAGGCGAAGAAUCUUUACUACAUCGAUUCGCGUAAAGGAACCUUGAACGUCCUCAGCACCAGGAACGUUACCUACCGUAGAACACUACUGAAGAACUUAAAACGACCAAGAGCUAUUGUAAUCCACCCUAAUCAAGGUUACAUCUUCUUCUCUGAAUGGGACCGACCCGCGAAUAUCAGUAGAGCUUACACGGACGGAUCUAACUUGAUGGUUUUCAAGAACUUGACGCUUGGCUGGCCAAACGGUUUGGCUAUCGACUUCGAUAAAGACAGAUUGUACUGGUGCGAUGCGUUACUGGAUCAUGUUCAACAUUCCAAUCUGAAUGGCACGGAUGUCCGCACGGUUAAUUCCAGGCUCAUCCGGCAUCCUUUCUCUAUAGCUAUUCACGAAGAAUGGAUGUACAUCACCGACUGGCGGCUGGACGCUAUUAUCAGACUCCAUAAGAGAUCCGGUGAACAGGAAGCAAUUUUGGUACGUGAGCCAGCUACCAACAGACUAUACGGGGUUAAAGUAUUUAGCCCGUAUAUCCAAGCCCCUCAGUUUAGUCAUCCGUGCGCUGUGUACAAUGGCUGGUGCCAGAAGUUGUGCUUCGCUAUUCCUCAAAACAACACGAAUAGGUACGGGACCGCCAAACUAACGAAAGUUUGCGGUUGUCCUUACGGUGAACGACUUCAACAUGAUAGAACGUGUGUACCUGAUCCGGAUGCUGAACCACCUUUGGAAGCUUGUCCAAACGCGUGGGACUUCACCUGCGCGAAUCAGAGAUGUGUUCCUCAUACCUGGGUCUGUGACGGCGAGAACGAUUGUUUGGAUAACAGUGAUGAACAGAACUGUACUAAACCAACAUGCGGGCCCAACGAGUUCCAAUGCAGAUCUGGCAGAUGCAUGCCUAUGCACUUCCGAUGCGACUCUGAGAAUGAUUGUGGAGAUUACAGCGACGAGGCAGACUGUCCAAAUCGAACCUGCAGCGCCAAUCAAUUUGCUUGUAGUAACAACAGGUGCAUACCCAGUACCUGGAGAUGUGACUCGGAAAAUGAUUGUGGAGAUAGUUCUGAUGAGGGUGAUUUUUGUGUAGCUAAGACCUGUUCUUACUUCCAGUUCACUUGUCCUAGAUCAGGGCAUUGCAUACCACUGUCUUGGGUUUGCGAUGGUGACAAUGACUGCUUCGACCAACAAGAUGAGAUGGGCUGUCCACCUGUCACCUGUCUCAGCACUCAGUUCACCUGCGCCGAUCAGAAAAUGUGUGUCCUCGACUCGUACAAGUGUGAUGGUAUCUCCGACUGCAACGAUAGCAGCGACGAAUUUGGGUGCCCUUCGUUGGAACCUGAUCAGUGCAACAAUGACAAGCAGUUCCAGUGUGCCAGUUCAGCCAUAUGUAUACCCAAAAGCUGGUACUGUGACGGAACUUAUGAUUGUCCAGAUAGGUCUGAUGAACCAGGUCCUUGUAGGAACGUUGGUUGUCGACCAGGAUUCUACAAGUGUGCUAAUGAGAAGUGCAUGUUCAAGGCUUACAUCUGUGAUGGAAAGGAUGACUGUGGGGAUGGGUCCGACGAGGACCCUGAACUGCAUGCCUGCACGUCGCCGGAGUUCAAGUGCGAUUCCCAUCAGUGGAAGUGUCCUAAUGUUACUGAUCGGUGCGUGAACAUAACCAGUGUAUGCGAUGGGAAGUUCGAUUGUCCUAAUGGCGCUGACGAAGGUCCAGGAUGCGACUUCGAAGAGUGCAUUCCUAGAGGAGGGUACUGCAGUAAUGACUGCAUUCAGACACCCAUGGGCAAACAGUGUAUUUGUCCUUCAGGAGAGGAGCUCAGCAAAGAUGGAUACACCUGCCAGGACAUAAACGAGUGUGAUCCUCCUGGACGGUGUUCACAGAUCUGUACAAACAUCAAGGCAGGCUAUUACUGCAACUGUGUCGAUGGGUAUGUUUUAGAGAAGGAUAAGCAUACAUGCAAAGCUUUCAACCACAGUGCUGCUUUCCUGAUUAUAUCCAAUAGGCACACGAUUUUGGUGGCUGAUCUUCAAGAUCAGGCAUUGGAAAGGGUACCAAUAAAUGUGGAAAAUGUCGUAGCGACGGCUAGCAACAUGCACACUGGUACAAUCUUCUGGUCAGAUAUGAAAUUGAAGAAAAUAUCUAGGUUAGAUAGGGGUACUGAUCCUGAGGAUGUUAUAUCCACUGGAUUGGACUUGGUGGAGGGUCUUGCAUACGACUGGAUUGGUCAGAAUUUGUAUUGGUUGGACUCUAAACUGAAUACCAUUGAAGUAGCUAAAGAGACUGGUGCUAGUCGAUUGAUACUGGUCAAGGAAAAUAUCACUCAGCCUAGAGGUAUGUGUCUGGAUCCCAGUCCCACAGCAAGGUGGCUCUUCUGGACAGAUUGGGGCGAGAAUCCUCGAAUUGAAAGAAUCGGAAUGGACGGUACUAACAGGUCUACCAUAAUCAGUACCAAGAUCUACUGGCCUAACGGACUCGCCUUGGACAUAGCAAACAAAAGGAUAUAUUUCGCUGAUAGCAAACUGGACUUCAUCGACACCUGCCUCUACGACGGAACCAAGAGGAUUCAAGUAUUGGCUAGCUCCCAUUAUCUGCUACAUCCCCAUUCGUUGACUCUUUUCGAAGACACCAUGUAUUGGACAGACAGACAGCUCAACAGAGUCCUGUCAGCCCACAAGUUCUAUGGUGCCAACCAAACCGUUGUGUCCCAUCUGAUUUCACAACCACUGUCUAUCCACGUGCAUCACCCAGUUCUGCAGCCGAUUACACCAAAUCCUUGUAUGAACGCCACCUGUGCUCAUUUGUGUCUCUUAUCACCAACAAAUCCUCAAGGUUACAACUGCAAGUGCCAGAUAGGAUUCCGGCUGCUUCCUAGUGGUCAGUGCCAGGAGGAAGAAACGCCGUACUUGAUGGUGUUACGGGGUUCGCAGAUAGUAGACGUUUCCUUGGUUCCAGGCAGCACUAAGACCGGCUACAUAACUCCAGUGGUGGGGGUUGAGGGAGGUAGGUUUAUCGACUACGACAGAAAAGAGAGGAUGAUUUAUUGGUUGCAGACCAAGGAUGACGACGAUGAAAACGGUACAAUUUACACGACUCCCUACAGUGGAGGAAACAGAACCGAAUUCCCAAAUCCAGCAGGGGACAGUGGUAUAGUGGGCGCACCCUCUGCCAUGGCUUUCGACUGGCUGGGAAGGAAUCUGUUCAUAGGGAACAAGUUCGCGUCCAACAUUGAGGCCAUCAAAAUUGAUGGCAAGAUCAGGUAUAGAACCAUAGUCUUGGCAAAUGAUGGUAAUGUGACCUCUGUGGCCAAACCCAAGGCCAUGUGCGUGGACCCGUUGGAAGGACACAUAUUCUGGGUGGACGAAGGUAGCUUUGGGAUACCAAUGAAAAUUGGCAGAGUCAACAUGGAUGGUACAAAUCCUAUCAUACUGGUGAAGGACGUACCAAGACCGGAGGCUAUAACAAUAGACAUUCCUACUAAGACCAUUUACUUCAGCUCUUCAUAUCCUGCCCUAAUUGUGGCUAUAUCAACCGACGGUCAAAAUCGACGGACCAUCGUUUCUCAGAAUAUCGCUUUGCCCAAGGCACUGGCUGUUCACGAAUCUAGGCUUUAUCUCCUUGACCCAUGGUACGACAAAAUUGAAAGAGUAGAUCUUCCUGAGGGAGGCAACGCUACGACCAUAAUCGAUAACGACUCCGAGCUAAAGACAUUGACUAUCUACAAGAAACGCGUCACCGGUGAACAUCCCUGUUUCGGGAACAAUGGUGACUGCGAGCAGAUUUGCUUACCCGCCUCUGGAGGCACAAGAGUCUGCGCCUGUGGCAUGGAGUACCGCAAAGUCAGCGAAACCGCCUGUGAACCGUUCAAAACCUUCGCUGUGGUGACUCAGUUAGAUGUGGCAAGAGGAUACAGUCUGAAAGACGCCAAGGAAGCUAUGGUUCCCAUUGCUGGAGUCGGGCAUCACAUUCUCCAUGUUGAUGUGCACUAUGCUGGCAACUGGAUCUACUGGGUGGAGUUUACCAGAGGAUAUUGGAAUGGCAUAUUCCGUGUCAGACCCAAUGGCACCGAGUUGCAGCACAUAAUCAAGCAGGGUAUAGGCUCGAAUGGCAUCAGGGGCUUAGCCAUUGACUGGGUAGCUGGUAAUCUGUAUUUCACCAAUGUCUUUCCACAUGACAAUUACGUCGAGGUGUGCAGGCUUGAUGGUAGCAAUAGGAAAGUUCUCGUGAAAAAGACUACCGACUCACCCAGGGAGUUGGCUGUUAAUCCCAUCAAACGAUAUCUUUACUGGAUCGAUUAUGGCCAGUAUCCGAAGCUGGGGAAGGCUUACUUAGAUGGAAGCAACUGGUUACCGAUAGUCACCUCUGGCAUAAGUACUCCUAGGGAUAUAACUAUUGAUCUCGCUACUCAUGAUGUCUAUUGGGUGGACUCCAAGCAAGAUACCAUUCAAAAGGUGUCGUACACAGGUGGGCACCGUGAGAUCAUUAGACGCAACCUACCCAAUCCCAUGGGAGUUGCUAUUUAUGGUAAUGAUGUGUACUGGGUCGAUAGAAACUUGGCAACGGUGUACAAGGCCAGCAAGCGUGCCAGCACCAAUAUUACUCCAGCCACUACAGUCAGAUCUAAUCUACAAAAACUGAGAGAUAUCGUUAUGUUUGAUCAAAAUAGUCAACCAGCAGAUCCUACAAAUCCUUGCGCUCCAGGUGGGAAGGCAGGAUGUGAGCAGCUCUGUUUCGCUAUGCCUAAGGAAAUGGCAAUGUCAUCUACGAUGGAGUACACCUGUGACUGCGCUGUUGGUAAACUGGCAGACUAUAGUUCCGGUUCAGAGUAUCCGACGAGUUGUAAAAUUGUGGACGAAUAUCUGGUGUUUGCGACUAGAACAGAAAUUAGGGCUAUAGAUCUGAAUCCUCAAACCACAAGCGUGCCAUUCCCCGCUGUGGGGAACUUAACCAACGUGGUUGGCGUUGACUUUGACUAUCAGGAUAAGAAGCUGUUGUUCACACAGAUUCGACCUUGGGCCAAGAUCGCCUGGAUGCAAGCGGACCACCCAUCUUCAUCCGACAUUCACACCCUGAUCAGUAAAGGAAUCAAUCCGGAGGGAAUUUCUUACGAUUGGACUCAAAAGAAGGUCUACUGGACUGAUUCCUCUAAUAACAGCAUCUACGCGAUGGACAUUGACGGCUCGAAUCUUGUGAUGAUAGCCAGAGUGGACAGGCCCAGGGCAAUUGUUGUUGAUCCUUGCAAUGGCUCUCUAUAUUUCACUGACUGGGGCCGUUUCGGCACUUCAGGAAAGAUCUUCAGGACCACUAUGGCAGGCUCUUUGAAGAAAGCUAUUAUCGACAAAGAUCUCUCGCAGCCGAGCGGCUUGGCUAUCGAUUACGAUGACCACAUGUUGUACUGGACUGAUGCAGUUCGCGAGAAAAUAGAACGUUCCGAGUUAGAUGGUAAGAACCGUCAAGUUCUAGUCAGUGCGACAAUAUAUCCUUUCGCCAUAACUGUCUUCCGAGAACACAUCUACUGGACGGAUCUUCAGUUAAGAGGCGUGUAUCGUGCGGAGAAACACACCGGGGCCAACAAAGUGGAGCUAGUGAAACGACUGGAUGAUUCGCCACGGGAUCUGCAUAUUUAUUCGGCAGGUAGACAACAGUGCAAAGUAAAUCCUUGCAAUAUCCUCAAGGGUGGUUGCGAUCAGUCUUGCCAUCCAGGUGUAAAUGGAUCCGUUGAAUGCAAAUGCGACGACAACAGCCGGCUUGUGAACGAAGACAGAAUGUGCGUGCCAAAGAAUGUCACCUGUGACUCCAGCAAAUUUGCCUGCAGGAAUGGUCGCUGUAUAUCUAGGAUGUGGGCCUGUGACGGCGAUGAUGACUGCGGAGACGGUUCCGACGAGGACACCAAUUACUGUUCCUACCACUCGUGUAGCCCCAAUGAGUUCAGAUGCAACAACGGCAGGUGCAUCUUCAAAGCCUGGAAAUGUGAUCACGAGAACGAUUGUCGCGACGGCAGCGACGAGGAAGGCUGCGUCUACCCUCCUUGUGCUCAAGGCGAGUUCACCUGCGCCAACUACCGUUGCAUCCCACAGUAUCAGGUCUGCAAUGGUAUCAAUGACUGCAAGGACAACGUCACAUCGGAUGAGACCCACGAACGCUGUCCCAUGAACACAACCUGUCCUCCCAAUCAUCUAAAAUGCGAGAAGACCAACAUCUGCGUGGAACCGUACUGGCUCUGCGAUGGCGACAACGAUUGUGGAGACAACAGCGAUGAAAAUCCUCUGCAUUGCGCACAGAGAACCUGCCCGCAGAACAGUUUCAGAUGCCCCAACCACAGGUGCAUCCCUGCUACAUGGUACUGUGAUGGAGACGAUGAUUGUUUGGAUGCUAGCGACGAACCACCGGGCUACUGUCAAUCAGAAGGCAGAACUUGCUUUGGAGACUUGUUCACUUGCGACAAUGGCAACUGCAUUCCAAGGAUGUACAUCUGUGAUGGAGAUAACGACUGUCUGGAUAACUCUGACGAGGAUGAAAGGCACGAGUGUAACGACAGGAUAUGCGACGAAGAGACCGAGUUCACCUGUACAGCGAAUAAAGUUUGGAAUAGGGCUCAGUGCAUCCCCAAGAAGUGGUUGUGCGAUGGAGAUCCGGACUGUGUCGACGGGGCUGACGAGAAUGUGACUAUGCAUCAUUGUCCUGCGCCUGUUCCCUGUGCAGACGAUCAGUUCACCUGCGAGAAUGGACGUUGCUUGAAUCAGAACUGGUUGUGCGAUCAUGACAAUGAUUGUGGCGACGGUAGCGACGAAGGAAAGUUCUGCAACUCGAAAUACAAACCUUGCACCAGCCAGGAGUUUGCCUGCCACAACUUCAAGUGCAUCAGGAAACAGUUCCGCUGCGAUGGUCAAGAUGACUGUGGGGAUCAUUCGGACGAAGAUGGAUGUCCACCGAAAGUGAAAAACACCACGUGUCCCAAUCCAGGGGAGUUCAUGUGCGCCAAUGGAAACUGCAUCGACCAACGUUUGGUCUGCAACAAGGAACCCGACUGUGGAGACGAGAGUGACGAACCUGCUCAUUGCAACGUGGACGAAUGCGCUCAAGUAGAGAUGAACCAGUGCGGACAUAAGUGUGUCGACACACCCACUAGUUAUUACUGCGAAUGCAACCCUGGCUACAGACUGUUAGCCGAUGGCAAAGCUUGCGAAGACAUAGACGAAUGUGUAGAGACGCCACAAGUGUGCAGCCAGCAGUGCGAGAACACACCUGGUAGCUUCUAUUGCAAGUGCAACGAGUACUGGUACGAGCGUGCCGCUGAUGAGCACACUUGCAAGAGGCGGGACAACAUCAAACCUUGGAUCAUCUUCACCAACAAGUAUUACGUCAGGAACAUGUCCAUCGACGCCUCAAAUUACAGCCUGAUGCAUCAGGAUCUGAUUAAUGUCGUCGCCCUGGACGCUGAUUAUAGAUCAGAGAUGUUAUAUUUCUGUGAUGUUACUGCUAAGACCAUAUUCAGAGCCCCGAUCAAGGGUGGCGAGAAGGAGGCAAUUAUUAGACACGACAGUCUUGGAUUAGAAGGCAUAGCAGUCGAUUGGGUUGGUGCUAAGUUAUACUGGUUGGAUCGACAUGCUAAGCAGUUGGAUGUCGCUGAAAUGAAUGGCACCAAUAGGAAGACUAUACUGACUGGUAUACCAGACCCACGAGCAAUUGCUGUGCAUCCUGGUACCGGGUAUUUGUACUUCACCUCCUGGCAUCUGCAGGCAUACAUAGGAAAGGUGGGAAUGGAUGGCAGCAACUUUACAAGCAUACUCACGUGGGAGGAUGACAUUGCGUGGCCUAAUGCUCUAACCAUCGAUUACUUCACCGACAAAAUCUUCUGGGCAGAUGCUCACUUAGACUACAUAGCAUUCGCUGAUUUGGAAGGUCGUAACAGGAGAAAAGUCCUUACAGGAAACGCAGUGCCACACGUCUUCGCCAUCACCGUGUUCGAUGAUUUCAUCUUCUGGACCGAUUGGAACCUGAAAGCCAUCCAACGAGCCGAAAAAUUCUCGGGAGCCAACAUCCGAUUAUUGCGCAACACCACUCACAGGCCAUACGAUAUCCAUGCCUAUCAUCCUCUGCGACAAUUGUCUUACAAGAAUCCUUGCGCACUGAACAAUGGUGGCUGCUCUCAUCUUUGUUUGAUAUCACCACCUGCAAGUUCUUACUUGUUAGAAGGCUACGGUCAGCCCGGUGUGACCUCGUACAAGUGUGCGUGUCCAAACCAAUUUAUAUUGGAAAACGAUGGCAAGACUUGCAGGGCCAAUUGUACCGCCGGCCAGCAUCGUUGUGGUGCCCCUGAUGAGAAAUGUAUACCGUGGUACUGGAAAUGCGACGGUGAAAAGGAUUGCAAAGACGGUUCCGAUGAACCAACGACUUGCGUACCACGAGUGUGCCGUCCCAGCGUCUUCCAGUGUGCAAAUGGCAAUUGCAGACCUAGCGUAGCGGUAUGCGAUGGCGUUGAUGAUUGCGGCGACAAGAGCGACGAAGCAAUUUGCUCAUUAGAAUGUGGCGAAUUAGAGUUUAAAUGCAAGUCUAACGGACGUUGCAUCCACCAGUCUUGGAAAUGCGACGGGGAUAUUGAUUGCAAGGAUGGUAGCGAUGAAGAUCCUGCUAUUUGCCACAAUCGAACAUGCGAUCAAAGCACGGAGUUUACAUGCAAGAACGGCCGGUGCAUCCAGAAAGUAUGGAUGUGUGAUUCUGACAAUGAUUGCGGGGACGACAGCGAUGAACCAGCGUAUAUGUGUCGGCAGAGAAAUUGUACCACGGGUUGGCAGCGUUGCCCAGGCCAUGCUAACUAUCGAUGCAUACCCAAAUGGUUGUUCUGCGACGGUAAAGACGACUGUCGCGACGGAUCUGACGAAUUGCCUGAGAAUUGUCUCAAGUGCGAUCCAAAGAUGGACUUCAAAUGCGCCAAUAAUAGAUGCGUACCGAAACAAUGGCUCUGUGACUUUGCUGAUGAUUGUGGGGAUGGCAGUGAUGAGGCAGAGGCUGUUUGUAAGGGUCGCUAUAGAGAGUGUUCUGAGUCCGAAUUUCGUUGUGACAAUGGCAAGUGCAUUGCAUCCAGGUGGAGGUGUGAUAGCGAGGAUGAUUGCGGUGAUAGCAGUGAUGAGAAUGGAUGCCAGACAUUCGUGUGCAAGAAUUAUACAUUCCAAUGUGCGAGCGGACACUGCAUAGCGUCCUACCUGCGAUGCGACGGAACAAGAGACUGCAGGGACAUGAGCGAUGAGGUUGGAUGUCCUCCAAGGUAUCCGGGUGGAAGGUACUGCCCGCAGUCGAGAUUCGAAUGUGAGAACAACCUGUGUGUAUAUCUCACUGACAUUUGCGACGGCAGCGACGACUGUGGUGAUGGGUCUGAUGAGAAUCCGAAUAUGUGUGCAAACUUCAAAUGCGAUACAACGAGAAGAUUCCAAUGCGCAAAUCAUAAGUGCAUCGCCAAGUAUCAGUUAUGCGAUGGUUUUGAUAAUUGUGGUGAUGGGUCCGACGAGAACAAUAUGACAAUGUGCGCAACCAAGAUCAACGCAUGCGAUCCCAUAACCGAGUACACUUGUUCCAACAAGAAGUGCGUCGAGCGUACCAAACUCUGUGAUUUUGCCGACGAUUGCGGCGACUCUUCCGACGAGCUUGGCUGCCAUCACAAUAAGCCAUGUUUGGACAGCAAUAAAGGCGGCUGCUCUCAUUACUGUCACAACAUCACCGACGGUGGUUACAUUUGUGCCUGUUACCCAGGCUACAUAAUAUCACAGGACAACAGAAAGCAUUGCGAGGACAUCGACGAAUGUGCCACUGGCCAACACCAGUGUUCCCAGAUCUGCACCAACAUGAAUGGUACCUAUUCCUGUUCGUGCAGACAAGGCUUCCAGCUGUCUGAUAAUCGUAGCGGAGUCUGCAAAGCUUUGGACUCCGAAGGAAUGGUGUUGUUCGCGAAUGGGCCAGAGAUUAGAGCCUAUGAGCUUAAUAAGAAAGACGAGGCCGUGGUGAUUGCCGACGAGAAGAGGGUGAAGUACAUUGACUUCGAUCCAAAGGAAGAAUAUGUGUUCUGGAUUGAUAGUCACGACAAUACUAUCAAGAGGUCUUACAUGCUAAAUGCAAAAGGUGGUCAAGUGGAGAUAGGAUACGCGCAGGAUCUGAAUAUAAAGAGCGAAUCAACACUCACCAGUUUGGCAGUGGACUGGAUUAACGGUAAUCUCUACUGGACCGAGAUCGACUCAACAGGACCGACGCCAUUUGGUCGAAUAAUGGUCUCUAAAGCUGACGGCAGGUAUCGCCGAAGCUUGGUAACGGCGGGUCUUGAGAUUCCAACUUCUAUUGUCUUGGACCCCGAGUUAGGAAGAGCCAUUUGGGCGGAUGCUGGUAGCCAGCCGAAGAUAGAGAUUGCCUGGAUGGAUGGCGAUAGAAGGAAGCAACUGGUUGGCGAUAGAAUUGGUCAACCCACUGCGCUUUCCAUCGACUAUUCCAUGAACCACGUUCUUUACUGGGCUGACAGCAAACUAAAUACCAUCGAAUCCAUUGAACAGGAUGGUUCGAACAGGAAAGUGAUCCUGAAAGGCGGAGGCUUGAAGCGUCCAGUGUCUUUGGACGUGUUCGAGAGCAGUCUUUACUGGACCACCAAACAGACUGGUGAACUGAUCAAGCAAGACAAGUUUGGCAGAGGUGUGCCACAAACAAUCAUCAACGAUUUACUCGUAUCCGGAGGAGUGAAGGUGUACCAUGGACUACGAUACAACGUUUCUGUGAGACAUCUUUGCCACGAUGAUCAAUGCACGCAUCUCUGUGUACCCAUUUCGCGCGAUAGUAUCCGAUGUCUUUGCUCGGAUAGCAUCGGUCCAUUCCCGCAAAGCGGCAGUUUGCUGCGGAACGAGCGGCAUUGCGAUGCAACGAAUGAGAGACCGUUGCCUGCACCAAGAAUCUGCCCUUGCAGAAAUGGCGGUUUGUGUCAGGAAGGAGAGGACUAUAAAUUACAGUGCUCCUGCCCGGCUUUCUUCCACGGGGAAUUCUGCGAAAUUGGUCUGGUGGCCGCAUCAUCGGGUAAUGCUACCGCUGCCAUCGUUAUUCCCAUUGUCAUCUCUGUGCUGAUCCUCCUGGGAGCAGCCGCUGUCGUUAUGGUGCUUAAGAAACGACCGUUUGGCAAACCUGGUGGUCUGGGCAGUCUAACCGGUGCCCAAAGCGUGUCCUUUAGACAGGGCAGCAACGUUGAGUUUGGCGUGCCUGCUCAUGAAAGAAUGGAACCUUUGGAUGUGGAGUACAACCUUGGCGACGUGAGCAACAAGAACAGGGAUUUCAGCAACCCCAUGUACGACGCGGUGAACACUGAAACAGGUGCUACCAACGGCACCGGUGCAAGCAGCAUGUACGAGCUACCUGCUGAGAUGAAACCAUCCAGCAUCCAGCACAAAGAACCACCGCAACUACAUCUCAAAAGGAGAGAACUUGACCCCACGCCGAUCGAUUCGGGGAAGGACACGCAACAGUUGGUCGAGGAAGACAAGUCCGAAUGUUAGAUAGUUUAAACUCUUUCGUGCAGUGACGUAGUUAGAAAGAAGUAGGAUAUGAGAUGCGUAAAACUCAACAGCAAGGAAACCUCGAUUGCCUGUGAAAUUGCAAUUAGAUUGAGUCUUGACUGAUACCCAUUUUUACUCUCUGAAUUUUCGCUUUUUACGCGGAAUAUUUUACAAUAUUAAUUUUAAUAUUAUAUUUCCUUUAUCUGUACCAAUCAAGACUCAAAGCUAAUACGUUUGUGAGCAUGUAAUCCGAUGCGGAGGGAAACGGAGCGAUUCCUUGAAUGGCAAAUUUUAUUUUAAUCAUUUUUUUUUUAUAGAUUUAUUCAGCUUGACGGGAAAGAAUUUCUAUUAAGCAUAAGACUGAAUGUGUUUCGACGAUGGUAAUGUUUUUGAGAAUGAUGAAUGCAAGAGCUGGGAACAAAAUAUCGUAAAAAUCAUGCGAUGAAAUUGCAGUGCGCUUUAGUGGUUUUUAGUACCGAGUUUCCUGCGCGUUGUCGGAGAGAGGAGCUCAGAAAGUUCGUCUGACUGCGCCACUGCUUCUACGUAGGGAUGCUCUCGCAUCUGUUGCACUUCCCUCUUGUGUUAGCGUUGAUUUGAAAAGAGAUCCUGUGAACAAAACUUGUGUCCAGAUGUUGAAACGAAUGUCCGAACUAUUCUUGACCUGGCCUGAGAUUGAAGUGCAGCGAAUAGCGAGCCGUGUCAUUUUAGGUGCGAUUUGUAAGUCUUGUAAAUACGAUUAUCGCAGAAUAUUAUUUUCACGUUGUCCAUGUACCAUAAAGAAACAAAACAUUCCAUACUCUUUUCGGAGGCAGCUCGAGGCACGGAAAGGUUGUUAGAAGAAACAGAACAAAAACGAAAGAAUAGUUGUUAAUUUUUAAAGGGAUAAGGCCUCGGCGAGCGCGAGUCACCUCACCUGAGACAAGAGUUUCUUUCCGUCACGAGUAGAGGAGGGACGAAUCUCUUUGUGCGUAAAACAAACUGAAAUGAAAAAGAAAAAAGACAAUUCUCUGUGUCUACACCGUUUCUUCUCUCGAUAUUUGCUCUUUGGCCGCGUGAACGUUGUUAUGUUGUACAUUUUAUUUUUCGUUUAGAUUAUGCGCGGGGAACGUCAGUGUACAGUUUUUCUUCCGUAGCAGCUGUGAUCGUAAAUUACGAAUUGGGUAACCGAGUAUGUGCGAAGCGAUCUUGUUUUAUUAACGAACAAAAGCGUACGCCUCAGACCGAGUUGGGGAGAAUUUUAAGGGAAAGAAAAAAACAAUAGAAGGAGUGUUUUUUUUUUAAUCCACACACGUCGCGGUACAGUAGAAUCUCGAUUAUGGUAGUAAGAGAAGUAUUUUCUAUGGAGAACGUAAUUGUAAGCUUUGGAAUAUCUGGAGUUUGUUGUUGUACAUUCCAUAAAAUUAUACAGAUUGUUAACAUACUCUU